AUGGUUGAAGGUUCAGACUCUGAGAAGAUGUUUAUCUCCUAUAACAAUAUCCAUAAAUCUUGUCAAAAGAUCGCUAGUCAAAUCAUGGCGAAGGGAGAAAGACCUGACGUGAUCAUUGCCAUCACUGGCGGAGGUAUGAUUCCUGCUAGAAUCAUCAGAUCCUUUUUGAAAAGUCGUGGUGAAAAGAACAUUCCUAUCCAAGCUAUCGGUCUCUCGCUAUAUGAGGAUCUUGGGCUAGACGAUCAUGUCGAAUCUAUUGGCAAAGAGGUGAUUAGAACUCAGUGGUUAGACUUUGGAUCUCUCGAACAACAUUUUGAUUCCUUGAUCGGCAAAAGAGUAUUGAUCGUCGACGAAGUGGAUGACACCAGAACGACUUUGCACUAUGCUGUCACUGAACUCGAGAAAGAAGUCAAAGAGCAGCAGAUCAAGCUAAACAGACUAGGUGAGGAGACCGUUUUCUCGAUUUUCGUGCUUCACAACAAAGAUAAGCCCAAGAAGGCUUCGCUACCCGCCGAAAUGAUGGACAAAGGCCGUUAUUUAGCAGCUGAGACUGUCCCUGAUGUGUGGUUGUGCUAUCCUUGGGAGGCAAUUGACAUUGAGGAGCACACUGAGCUCGCAAUAAAGCAGGGAAACAACUGA